GCUCUGGCUGGGAGGCGGACUGAGGGCGGCGGCGGUGGCGGGCCACGGCAACAGCGGUUGCCAGGUGCCGGCGUUGCCGCCUUGAGACCCGUAAUAUGGCGGGGAGGAGAAGGAGGAGACGGCGGCGGAGCGGGCUGCGCUCUGCGGAGAUAGCCUGAUCCCUUUGUCUCCUCCCGAGUCGUGGAGGGAGAGAGAGUCCGAAGGGGUGCGGAAGGGAAGUAGCUUAAUUGUGUGAUAAUGGAGGAAUAUGAGAAGUUUUGUGAGAAAAGCCUUGUCAGAAUCCAAGGAGAGUCAUUAUCUCGAGAAACUUUUGCACCUGUUCAGCCUGAGAACAUUUCACUCAUUCGUUUCCAUGGAGUUGCUGUGCUUUCUCCUUUGCUUGGUGUUGAAAGAAGAAAGGAAAUGCAGCAAGAGAAGCAGAAAGCACUUGAUAUAGAAGCACGCAAACAGAGUAGUAGGAAGAAAGCCUUACUGAAUCGUGUCCAGGAGAUCUUGGAAAACGUGCAGGUCAGAAAAGCGCCAAAUAUAAGUGAUUUUGAUCAGUGGGAACCUGAGGCAGUUUAUCUUAAUUCAGAAGUCAGAGACUCGGAUGUUCCCACAAUGCUUCCAAAUGAUAGUUUGCCAAGUCUUACUGAACAGUCUGCCUCAAUGAAGGUUGAAGAGACUAUGGAAAUUUUGCCGUCUGAUACCACUGCUCAUGUAAAACUGAAUGGGACAGAUUCAGAUAAAGGUAUAGGAGCAUGCAUUUCUGUCCAACAAAGUAACAGCCCCAAUCCUGACCCUUUAGGAAAGGAAACUUCUCCAGAGACAUCUUUAGGUACCUCACAGGAGACUCUUAUUAUAGAGGAUAUCCCCAAAAGAGAAGAGUUGGAGCCCUCCCCGGUUGAGGAAGCCACCUCAGAUCCUUAUAUGAUGAGCCUUCAGAACCUUAUGAAAAAGUCAAAGGAAUACAUAGAACGAGAACAAACUCGACGCAACCUGAGAAAUAACUCCAAGAAGAGCAUCACUGAGAGCCACUCAGACAAAGAGAAUGAUGCUGUUAAGAUGAGUGACUCUGGGAAAGAGAAUGCAAGGUUUAUAAGCAAAAGUUGUAGUUCAGUUUCACUUGAUAAACCAAGCCUUAAUAAAUCAAACAUUCUUCUCCAAAGUGCUACCACCCAGAUGAGCAGCAUGAAUGCUUUAGCUUUAGCCAGCUUCUCCAAAGUGGAUAUACCCAUUCGAGUGGGCACACCCACUCUUCUGGAUUCAGAUGAAGAUGAAGAUUUUAAAGUCACUUCCACUUUUGAUCCCGAAAGUAGCAUUGUCAAGAGUUUUAUGGGUUCCUAUGCCAAGUUACCUAGUCCAGAGCCAAGUGUGAGUCCUAAAAUGCAUCGGAGACGACCUAAGUCUUCUUCAACAGGUCACAUACUUAUAAAUAACCCAGUAAAUGCCUAUGAAUUGAGUCCCAAAGAAAAAGGAAGGGCCAUGGAUUUAAUCAUACAAGAUGUCAAUGAAAAAACAAAUGUACAUGAGUCUGUGCCAAAAUUUGCUAUUGAAUUAAAUGAAGUUUGUUCUAGCGAAGUUCAUGUUGUCAGUAAAAAUGCUUCUGAAACUGGAGGUGAAGAAUCAAUCUUAGGUAAAUCAAAUGAAAUGUGUCAGCAGUUAGAAAACAAAGUCAUUCAUGUGAUGGCUACAAUGGAGGGUCAAAUAGCAUCUGAUGGGAGAGAACUACACAAAACAGACAAUAAUUGUACCAUAGUUCCAAAAUUGCAUGAGCCAUAUGCAACAAGUGAGUGCAUGGUAAGUCAAAAGUAUGGAAUAAUGAAUGUAAUCAAGCCAACGAGUGUGUUAGAAAAAACCUGUAAUUCUCAAGUGGAACUGAAUAAAUCUUAUGAUGUACAAAACCCAUCUCCGCUACUGAUGCAGUGCCAGAAUAAAAGGCAGCAGGUGGAUAUGCCAAAUAGGCCCUGUGGAAAUGAACAGUUUGUGGAAAACAGUCUUGAGAAGGUUAAGCGGAGACUUGAUUUGGAUGUUGAUGGCUUGCAAAAAGAAAACAGCGCUUAUAUCCUAACAGCUGGAACAGCUGAACAGGAGAGACGAUGGAUACAGGAAAAAAGAUUUCCUAAGGGAUCCGUCUACAUUAACAAGAAUGAGAUGCUAGAAAUUAGUUCCAGAGAAGGAGGAGAGAUGCUAAAAAAUAAGAUGUUGGCUUUCGAAGAAAUGAGAAAGAGACUUGAAGAACAGCAUGCUCAGCAGUUAUCAAUACUUAUAGCUGAGCAGGAGAAAGAGCAAGAGAAAUUACAAAAGGAAAUAGAAGAACAGGAGAGAAUGUUCAAAGACAAGAAGGAAAUUACAGCAGAAACGCCUGAAGCGAACCUUAACAAUGCAGUGGAAUUAGAAUGGAGAAAAAUAAGUGACAGUGACUUGCUGGAAACAAUGCUAUCCCAAGUGGACACUCUCCAUGUUGCAAAUUCAGAUAGUUCUGGUUUUACAAAUUCUGCCCUACAACAUAGCUUUGGUUCUACCAGUGAAGUACCAUUCUACCUCUGGGGAUCGUCAACUAGUGGUUUGCCCAAAAUUCCAGUAACAAGACCUCUUGGAAGGGGCAAACCUAGAUGGUCUCAGCUUUUUAGUCUAGAAGUACAAGCAAAAUUUGAGAAAAUAACUGCAGUGGCAAAAGGAUUUCUUACUCGUAGGCUCCUGCAGACAGAAAAAGUGAAACAUCUCCGGCAAACAGUAAAAGAUACUAUGGAGUUCAUAAGAAGUUUUCAGUCAGAAGCUCCAUUAAAAAGAGGAUCUGUUUCAGCACAAGACGCUUCUCUCCAAGAAAGAGUGUUAGCUCAGCUUCGAGCUGCCUUAUUUGAUAUUCAUGACAUAUUCUUCAUAAUGGAUGCAACAGAAAGAAUGUCCAUUUUACAUCAUGAUCGAGAAGUGCGUAAAGAAAAAAUGCUUAGACAAAUGGAUAAAAUGAAGAACCCACGAGCAUCUCUUUCAACUGCAACACAGAAAUCUCUGGAUAGGAAGAAGUACAUGAAGGCUGCUGAAAUGGGAAUGCCAAAUAAGAAAAUUCUCAUCAGACAAAAGCCUUCUGAAACAAGAGUACUUCAGCCAAGUCAAGGACAGAAUGCCCCUAUUCAUAGGCCACUUUGUAGACAAGGAACCCCUAAGACAUCAGUGAAGGGGGUUGAGCAAAAUAGAGAGAAGUCCUCAGACAACAGAAUGCGUAACAGAGUGCGUGUUUCAGGAGCAUAUGCAGGAAAAACCCAAAGAAAGCAGCCAAAUGUUGCGACAAUUUAAGAAGACAGCAUUCACUAGGAUAAAACAAUGUGGUCAUGCUCAUGUAUUUUUUUUUGCCCAAGAAAGUGAAGUGGAAGGUUGAGGAUUAUUCACUAAUGUAGAGAAAUCCUACUGUAAAUCCAUUUUUUCAUUAAUAAUAGGUUUAGGUGGGGAAAAACUUAAUACAGAGAAAAAUACUUUAAGUCUGUGCUUUAACUGUGUAGUCACAAUUUUGAUAUUUCUGUGUAUAGGUUUGCAAAAGAUGUAUAUUUUCCAGAUUUUAAGGACAUUUGAACUGUUCUUGUGAAAGAAGAUUGAAAAGAUGUGGCAAAAUGUUUAUCAGUUCAGAAAACACACACAUUUUACUUAUUAGAAACUUGUAACUGUACUAUUGCAUCUGGUAAACAAAUUUCAUGAUACCUUGUUCCAAGAGAGAAUAAUGUAGAAGCAUAUUUUGUUGGUUUUUUAACUUUUUAAAACAAUUUUCAGUAGACUCUCAAUGGAAUUAAGUCCCAAUUUGUAAAUUUUGCUAUGGACUAACAGGCACUUAUAUAAACUGAAACUGUGGUUUAGGGAGCAUAAAUUGGAUGAAAAUUAACAUAGAGUGAAAGUUUGGAAUAUUGUUUUUGGUCACUUCUGCCUAAUUAUUCUUCUUCUGGAUACCUGUAUGCCAACAGGAAUAUCAAAUUUCCAUGUAUGUUACUAAUAUUUGUUAAAGCAUUUUCAUAGGAUUGUCACUUCAUCUCAUGGAAAGAGAAUUUUUUGAGAAGAUAGCACAAUCUUCUUGAAUAUAUCAUAUUUAGGAAUGUACUAAAUCUACUGUAGUUUAAAAAAACACAAGUUAUUGCAUGCAAUUAUAUUUUCUAUUUGAGUAGAACAAUUUUUUCCAGCAGUUUUGCUCCUUUAUGACAUUCUGCUUUUUCUAGGAUGCUUAAUUUUGGAGAGAAUAAAGGGCUGUAUCUAAUCCAAAUUUUCAAAUAGGGGUUUAUUUUUAAUGUAUGGAUUACUAUGUGUAUAUAUGUGUGUAUAUAUACACAUACAACACACGCAUUAUUAUAUAUACACAAAUACCUGUGUGCUUUUAUAUACACAUAAAAGUGAAAUUAAAAACAUGACCCAGAAUAACAGGAGCCAAGAAAACUUAAUUUUUUCUUUUAGAGAGAAUUUCAUUUGUUGUUUAUCAAGACAUUUUGGCAUCCUAAGGAAAAGGCUUUGUGCUUCUCUUAUAUAUAAAUGUGGACCUUUAAUCUUUCAAACUAGAAUUUUAAAGAGAGAUGAUGUUGAAUUUUAGAGAGAGUACUGUUAAUUUUGUAAAGCAGAGUCUACUUAAGUGAAUGCUGGUUUUCUCCAAUUUUCUGCUCCAUUUAAAAAUCACUUUUUGCCUCCAACUAUAGACAGAAAACAACUACUCUGGGAAUAAACUUGAUAAUAAUUCUUGGGAUUUUUACAUAAUUUAUUGCCUGAGUGAACCAGAAAAUUAUAGGAGAGCCAGCAGAAUGCCCUAGUUAGAUUUCUUAUUAAUAAGUGAAACAUAUCAAAUUGUUUACUACUUAAAUAUGAGAAACCUUGUUUUAUAAAAAUCAAAACCUCAGGAUAUUUCCGUACUUAUCACUGUAGGUCUCUCCAUUGAUAAAGUUGGAUUCAUUGGUUUGUGUGUAGCAGUGCUAAUUAGCAAGAUAAGCAAUAUGUUUUAGAGAAACUUAAGUAGUCUUAGAAUAAAGUUGAAAACGUGUAUUAUCUUUUAAUUUUAAAAAGUUUGUGUGUUAUAUUACUGUCAUCUACAAAUUUUAUUUUCCAUGGAUUUUCUCUUAAAAUGUGCCAGAUAGCAUUUUUGUGCUUUGGAUGGAUUUUUAUUUAUGUAUACUAUUUUUUAUUCAGUUUUUUUUUUAUUUUGAGUGGAAUGCCCAUUGAUUUAAAUUAUAUUUAUUUUUUUACUUAUAGUAAUUUUCACCAGCUUUGCUUCUAGGCAAGCAGCAAAAUAAACUUUUCAUCAUUAAA